AUGAUGUGCAGAGCCUUCUCCAUAACCCUCUUCAGAUCUGCUCGGAGUUGGUAUCGACAACUUAAACCAAAAUCGAUUGGCUCUUUUGCCGAACUUAGCAAAUUGUUCCUUACCCAGUUCAUCUCUGGUAAGAAGAGUCGGAAGCCGACUACCCAUCUAUUUACCCUCAAGCAGGGGAAUAAGGAGUCACUGAAGGACUUCAUUGCCCGUUUCAAUGAGGAGGCAUUGUUAGUAGCAGACUACGACAACAAAAUGGCGCUCUCGGCCAUGUUCAGCGGGCUCAAAGAAGGAAAGUUCACCUUCUCGAUCGAAAAAAAUCCACCAACUACCUUGGCGGAGCUCAUUAGCAGAGCUCAGAAAUACACCAAUGUCGAGGAAUUCUCCAACUCUCGCAGGAAUGUACAAGUAGUUGAGCAGUCGUCCAAGGAGAAAAGGCCAAGGAACGAAGAACCUCAGUCGUCCAACAAAAAAAUCGACGAUCAAGCCCCUCGUGACCGCCGGCCAAGCCGGAGACCCGAGGGCAAAUUCCGUUCCUACACUCCCCUCAACACCUCUACGGAGCAGAUCUUAUUGGACAUCAGGGGUCAAAUACUCCUGAACUGGCCUGUCUGCAUGAAGACUGACACAAAUAACAGAGACAAGCACAAGUACUUCUGGUUCCAUCGUGACCAUGGUCACAACACGAGCGACUGCGUGGACCUCAAAGAUGAAAUUGAGACCCUCAUUCGUAAGGUCAUUUGCGCUGAUAUACUAAGGAGGAGAGAUCGGCCCGGAGAGAAGAGCAACCGAGCAAGCUAG